CAUGUGAAGAAGCUGGAAGACAUCAUAGAAUAGAUUACUAGUAAUUUUACCACAACUUUUAUAUAUUUUGCUAUAUUUCGCUAUUGUUCAGUACUUCAUUUGUGCCUAAAAUGACUCGACUGAGAUCAAGAAGGAAUCUUGAAAGUGAAAGCAAAAAACCUGAGAGUGAAGACGAAGCUGCAAUAGAUUCUACUGAUAAGCUUACUGAUAUGCAUGCUGACGAAAAGACACAAAAGGAUUCAUCAAACCCGUCUGAUGAGUCUGAGGAUGAAGCACCAGAAAGUAUAUCUUUAACCACAAGUAAGGACGCUGCMAUUGCUCAAAGACACGAAGAAAAGGCAGCCAUUGAUUCUCUUAAGGAGAAAGAAAAACAGAGGCGCKGGAACAAGGACGAAAUUCUAAGGAAGCAAAAGGAAAUGCGUUUAAGUCGUGAAAAUUCACGAAUUUCAGACGAUAUUUUGCUUAAGGUGYCAGAAAAACAAAAUCAGGUUGCUAAGGAACAAGAAACUGCAAAGCUGGCAAAGCCAAAUGUUCAUAUGAACUUUGAUUAUGAGGAUGAUGAUGAUGAUGAUACUGCAGAUGAUUGCAACACUGUAAAUGAGGAUCCACAUCAAGGUUUACAGCUAGUAGUGUUAAACCAGAGUAAGAAGAGAAAAAGAGGAGUACUUGACUCUGCCAAUUCUUUUCUCAAUAAUCAUUUCUAUGGUGAUAGGCUUAAGAGAGUUGAUACUUUGAAUGAUGAAAACAGAAAACGAAAGAAGAGAUAUUUUGGACCAGCAAUCAAGUUCUCCAAAACAUCAUAAUGUACWUAAACUUGCUAACAAAG